UAAUUCCGAAUUCGUAAGUAUAAACUAUAAACACAAAAUAAAAACACAGUCAGAGUCAGUGCCUAUUGGAUAUUAUAUUGUUUUUUAAAAUUUUUAUAAUUACUUAUGAUUAAUAAUCGUAUGGUCAUGAGUGUUUGAUGUCCAUAGAAUUCUGAAUUCUCAUUAAAACGUAACAUUUAAACUAUAACAUUAAAAUAUUUAAUUACAAUAUUUAUCAUUGGUGAUUGUAUGUAUAAAUAUACCUUAUCGAAGUAUAAUAUUAUAAUAAUACAAUUAUAAACAUAGUUAGAUAAUACGUCAUACGUGUACUCGACUAACAACUGGUAUUUCGUCGUAUUCGGAUUAACUCAUCAUCAAAGUUAGGAGAUUGAAUAUUUGAAAACUUUUGGAAAUAUGGACGUUGAAGACGUUUUAAGCGAUGUGGUCUCCAUGGAAGAUUUAAAGAAAUUUGAAAAAGAAUAUCAUAAUCAACUCACUACAGGCACUGUUUCACAAGAAACAAAGUUUCAUUAUGCUUGGUGCUUGGUGAGAAGCAAUUAUCCAGCUGAUAUCAGAAAAGGACUUAUAUUAUUGGAACAGUUGAUUAAACAUGAAGCUAACGAUGAAGAUGCUAAACGAAAUUACCUUUAUUAUCUAGCAUUAGGGAAUUCAAGAAUUAAAGAAUAUAGUACAGCUCUUCAAUUUAUCAAAGCAUUUUUACACAUGCAACCUGAAAAUAUGCAGGCGCGGAACUUGUUGACUACCAUUCAAAAGAAAAUGGAAUCUGAUGCACACAAAGGAAUGGCUGUGGCUGGAGCUUUAGCAUUAGGUCUUAGUGCUGUUGUUGGAAUUGGAUUUGCAUUAGCAAAAACCUUGAAAAAGUAAUCGUUCCAUUUAGUUAAUUCUAUUGAUUACCAUUUUAUUCCUGUAUAUAUUCCAAACUGUUAAAUUAAAUUUAUUUAAGCUUAAGGUUUAUUACUGAUUUGUAAGCCAAAAAAAUUUAAUUUAAUUUAUAACUAAAUAUAUCAUAUACAUGUAAAUACUCUCAUGCAUUACAUGGUUGUAUUUAGUAAAUAUCUUAGAAAGAAUAAUAAUAAUAAUAUACAAAAAAAAAAAACAGUUAUUUAAUUUACUCUAGUUAUAUUAAAUAAAUGUAUAAUGAUUGUUUUUUUAAAAUAAAUUUUUAUACUGAAACAAAAACCACAUUAUUUAUCUAUGAAAACAUACAUUUUUAGCCUUAAUAUGUCGAUACUAUUAUUAUUAUUUUAUUGAUGCAUAUUUACUAUUUAGUUAUUAAUUAUUUUUAUUAUAUAACUGUGAAUUGUGAUUUAUAACUAGAUUCAAUAUAAUUUAAAGUUGUGAAAAUAUAUAAUAAUAUGCUUGGAAAAUAUUCAUUAUCAUUUACUAUCUUUCUAAUAGUUUGGAGUACAACAUUUCAAUAGUGUAGGUAUAUACAUAAUAGUAUGAUAUGUGAUGUAUUUAACACAUUAUUCAAAUAGUUUAAAAUUCAAUUGUUGGCACUUGUAUUACAAAGAUGACAAUUAGUUAAUGUUAUUAUAAAUUAUAUUAUAUAAGAAUACUUAAAAUCGUAAUUGUAUCGUUUGAACUCUUUUACUUUGAUGAGUCUAAAUAUAUUUUAAUAAAGAUCUGAAAACUUAAUAAAGGUAUAUUAUAAUAAUAUAUAUAUAGUUUUUGUUUUGUAUUAUAAAAGUUGAAAGUAUAGUUUUUUACAUAGAUUAAACUAGUGAUUCCCAACAUGGGUGGUACCACCUCUUUAUGGUUUUUUUUUUUAAAUUUUGAAGGGGGUAUUUUACUUAUGAGGGCAAUUCUACUGUGAAAUUGAAUUUUAUUGAUUAUAAAUUUUGCAAUGUAAUGUAUAGGUAACUGUGUACAAUUAUAAUAUAUAUAUAUAUACAAUUUAAAAUAAAUACGAGUAUACCUAUUGAA